AGCCGAGGCACAACUUUUCCUCGAGGCAAAGUGAAAUCCCGGCGCGCUCGCACCCGCGGAAUAUAGUCCCCGGAUUCAGUCGCUCAAACCGUUAACGGAAAAGUCGCGGCCGGAGCCUCGGCUGCUUCGAAGCUUUAGGCGUCGGUGUGGCGGCAGCGCUGAGGAUCGGAGCUGGCCCGCUCCUUUCUCGACUUGUUUUCGGGAGAGUUUUGUGGAAAAUGGCGUAAAUGUCUGAAAAAGUGCUUUUGAAGUCCAGCCAUGGAGAUGCAAAGCCUUCAAGAGGCGCUGAAAGUAGAAAUCCAGUGUCAUCAGAAACUAGUUGCACAGAUGAAGCAAGAUCCACAGAACGGAGAACUUAAGAAACAGCUCCACGAAAGACAGUCCCGAAUAACAUCUCUUAGUGAGAAACAAAAGCUUGCUGUAAGAAGUUGUCCUGUUGGGAGUACGAAACCAAUUCCACUCAUCAAGGCACCCAACCAGAGCAUAGCAAUUUCAGUGGUGCCAUCUAAGAAUCCAAUCACUAUGGUAACUGCACACAUUAAUGGACAGAAGACAGCAAGCACAGAUCCUCCACAGAUGGCCCCAAUCAACCUCCAGACAACAAACAAACUGGCAGGGAGCAAUUUGAACUCCACUGGAAGGAGAGUACCAGAGACAUCAAACUCACAGACACUGGGAACUAUUACUGCAGUGCCCAUUAAGGUCCCCCAGGUCAGCUCAUUGCAGAGGUUGGCAAGCCAAGGACCAGCAGUGCUACCUCAGGUUAGGCCAAAGACCCUGAUUCCGGACAGCCUCUCAGUCACUCUGUGCCGUGACCAGACUUCCAGUCAGCCUCAGUCUCUUCAGAAGACCACUGUAGUCAGCAUUAAGAACCCAAGUCCUGCUCUUCCUACUGCCAACAACACUGUCAACCAUGUGCAGACACCAGCUGGCCAAACACAAAGUUUUGCAGAGUCACCAUUGGUCUCCACACCAAUCAGCAGUGCUGGUGUGGCUUUUGCAAUCAUUUCUGCUUCUCCAAACAAUGGCAGUAUGAGCAGCAGUACAGUCUCCCUAACCAGUGACACUAUCAGUGUCCAACCUCUUCUACUCAGCACGGACAAGGUAUUAAUCAUUCAGCCACAAAGUCAGACCCCAACAGAACAUCUGACAGAGAAAAGGAAGACUUCAGGAGAACAACCUCAGGGCCAUCUUUCCACAAAAUCGAAGAGAGAAGAAAAUCCGGAGAAACUUGCCUUUAUGGUGUCCCUAGGCCUGGUUACUACAGAACAUUUGGAAGAAAUCCAAAGCAGACGCCAGGAAAGAAAGAGAAGAAGCACAGCCAAUCCAACAUACAGUGGAUUGUUUGAGCCAGAGCGUAAACGAAUUGCAACAAGCUACCUGAAUGGUUCUUUAUAUAUUUCAACAAGAGCCAAUGAGGACCUUUGUUGGAAGGAUGAUAUCCAUGAGGAUUACUGUACAGUGUGCAAACGUAGUGGUCAGCUACUUCUGUGUGACACUUGCUCUCGUGUCUAUCAUCUGGAAUGCUUAGAGCCCCCUCUCAAGACCAUUCCCAAGGGGGUGUGGGUCUGCCCCAGGUGCCAAGAAAAGGUAUUAAAGAAGGAAGAUAAUGUGUCGUGGCCUGGAACCCUCGCUAUCGUCCAUUCCUAUCUUGCCCAUAAAGCGGUGAAAGAAGAGGAGAAGAGGAAGCUGUUAAAACGAGGGAGCGAGUUAAAGAGUGAACAUGAACAGCUGGAGGUGAAGGACAGACUGCUCAGUAAUGCUGUCACGAAAUGUUUAGAACUGAAAACAAAUCUCAUAGCUAAACAGAAAGGAACUCAGGCCUCUUUGGAACGUGUGAAAACCCUGAUUAGACUGAUGCAGAGCGAGCAAGUGAUCCAGGUUACAAUGAUGACAACCACAGCCACCUCUCGAGCAUCCCCAUUGGUUUCCCUCCCAUGGAUCAAGCCUUCAGCUGCCGUAGUGACCCCUCCAACCACCUUGAAGCAGCAAUCGCAAGGAAAGAACUAAAGGAACUGGACAAUUCCAUAUUUAAUUACUGUCGUUUGGGAAUAUUUACACAAUUUUAUGUGUGGAAACAGUGGGGUUUGAUAACUGAGCGAUGCAGUACAGUAUGCAGAGACUGUUGGAGCAAAAAAUGCACCAUACAGGCAGUUUGUAUUGUGACCGCAAUACUUUAAGCCACUACAUUGAGAGCUGAAGAGAUUUUAAUUUUUUUAUUUUAUUUUUAUGUUGGCCUUAACCUACUGAUUCUGGAACCAGAAAAUGGCCACUGAAAAAAGAGUUUUUGACUUCUCCAAGCAGGUGUUUUGAACACCAGUUUGCCUCAUGAGAGAGAGAAGAAAACAAUGGAACAUACUGCAGUAGAUUGACAAUAAACGCAACAAAGCUGUAACAUAUAAAGCGUUUUCCUGUGAAAUGGGGAUCUGUUUUUUAGGACUGUACAUUACUGUAACUAAAUCCAAACAUGCAAGACAAUGUCUGACAUAUUUAUUCAGGUGACGCGCAAAAAAUGGUUUUAUUGUGUAUGUAUGAGUCUUCAGAGCAUUCAAACAAAGUUUAAUUUUUUCAGUAUUAAUAUAGGUAAGAAACACAUAUUUAAAGUAAAGUAUGAGGUUAGUAUUUAAGGUGGGAUAAUAAGUACAGUAUUUUCCUGCUAAUGCCUAUGGAACAUGUUUUAUCAAGUAUUUAAAGGAUACAGAUGCAAAACAUUUUUUGCAACUUCUCUUAUUGUUGACAUUUUUGUGCAGAUCACUUCUUAAACCAUAUCGUGGGUAUUUUAGGGAAGCCAUGUUUUCUUUAUUUCAUUUUAUUUUUGAAGUACUGUAUUGGUUUGCCAGAUUUAUAUUUUAAAAAAUGCCAAAAAUGUGUUUCUUCCUCCUCCAGUACUGUAUUUGUAUCACAGAAAAGUGACAGUUUAGCAAACCCUGGGACAGUGAUAAAGUUGGGGGGUCGGGUGGUGGGGGGGAAAGAGGAAGGGGAAUAUCUGCUACAUGGUACAUGAAUCUGCCUCAGAAUCAUAAUAAAUAAUUGGCAUUGAAAAUGUCAAUGCUGGAGUCAAGGGACACAAAUUUUAAAAGGGUCUACAGAUUUUUGUGGACCUUCUUUCCUUUCCUAUUUAGUAAAUGAUACUCCAGUAGGCUUUGAUUAAUUUAGGACAGCUACUUGAUCCACUAGCUAGUCUUCCUGAUAAUAAAGGGUCUGCACCUCGGGAGGCCACAGCUAUUUGGCAUGGGAAGCUUUAGGCCUGCUCUGGCAGUGCAUGGUCCCUUCAACCAUUUUCACAAUUCCGGGAAAAACUGUGCAGUGCAAUGCAAAUCUAUUUUAUUACAGUCAACACUUCAAUGAACAAGAUUUUAUAUUCUUUUACUGGUGAACAAAAAUAAAGAGAACCACAAGAUGCUACUGGUUUAAUGCCAGUAUGCAUUCCAAUGUGGCUUGCAAUGUAAAUGUUUCAGGUUAAAUGUUUUUUGAUGACUAAAGAGAAAACAAAUUGUUCAGUUAUAAAAUAUUAAACGGUUGAGUUUUUUUUGGGAGGGGAGGGUGGAAAGAAGUCUUGGCCUGUUAGCAUAGAUGUUCAAAGGAGCUGUCCAGUGGAUAGUGUGCAUUGAAACUGAAUUCAUCUUAAUUCUGCCAAUGUAGUUCUUUUUUAAAAAAAAAUUAAAACUGAAUUGUGAAAUCUGCUUGUACAUGCUUUUAUGAAACAAUUUGUUGUCAGGUAACUGCAUCCCAUGCUCCAAUAAAAGAGGUGCAUUGACUUUCAUAAGGUGUAGCUUCAAAGCAUAUCUGAACAAUCAAGUCAUUUAGCAUUUCCUUUUGCAUACCCUAGCUUUCUGAAUUCAGUUCUAACUAAUAUUUCAUUGCAGUAUUACAGAAAAGGCAAACACAGUUGGAUAUACAAAAAAUAUUAAGCUAUCAAGCCUGUCUUUUUCUAUAUAUUGAUAAAAGAGGAGACUAAAAAAGACACCUGCCCUGAUGGCUCCUUAAACCUCUGUAUUUGGAAUCUCCAAAUAAAAUGUUCAGUGUGCCAUAUCUGUUAACAGCAAGGUUCACUCUUCCCUCCUCCCCCUUAUGAAGAAAAGAGCAAAUAUGUGUACAUAUGAAUAUAAUUGUCCCCACAGAGUUCCUUUUUAUUCAAGCCCACCCAUGAAUUGAUAUUUUCAGUUGCACAUGCAUGCACUAUUGUAUUUCAAGUAUCAGCCACCUCAAAAAUCUCACAGGAAUUUUUCGACCAUUCUGACAAUGCACCAAAUUGAAUGCGUGUAGGUGAAGUAUAUAACCUGCUGGUGAUUUUUAAUUUAAUUUAUCUAAUGUGAAAUAAAUGAGUAUUUUACUUGUACAGGGUUCUUUCAGGCUCCACUUCAAAAAAGUGAAACAUUUAAUUUUAAAAUAUAAAUAAUAAAGCUGCACUUCAUAGUUUUCAGGGUGAAAUACAAUAUACUGUACAAGCAUAGUGGGGCCCUUGUUUGUAGAGACAUUGAAGAAUUAUACAGUGCCCAUACUGUGGGUGAAUUUUUUUAAAUGGUCUACAGCUCCAGGGAUAUUUGACUACAUGCUGGAAUUUGUAAAAAGAUAAGAAUUCCGAAAGUGAGAAAGCCAAAAAAAAAAGUUAACUUGCUCAAUUCUAAGUCUGGAUACCUUCUAUGUGUUGGGCCUUGCCCUUAUUCUCCCAUUUUCCAAUCAGAAGCAUUUCUCAGGUAGAGACGAACCAAAAUAGAUGAUUGGAGUGCAUGGUGUUUUAGGCCCAAUAGCUAACGUGGAGUUGUACUUUUUAAAAAAAAAGCUGUAUUUAUUUCUUUUUAUUACAACUAAUUUCAAACUUUAAAGGAGCAAUCACAAGUUGUACUCUAAACAAUUCUUGUACUUUGACUGUAGCUCUCUAGCAAGUGCCACAAUUUAAUUUUACUAAAGUUUUAAUGAAUAGUUUUUAUUUUUAAGAGUAGUUAGUCUAGUAUGGAGGAGUUAGGUGGGAAAGUAGUUUUAUGUGAUUUCAUUGUGUGCUAAAGUUUGUUACACAAGUAAUAUCAGAUUCUAAAUUAUUACAGGGUGGUUGAGUGGAUCUUUAUCAAAUGCUUCAGUGUAGUAGUUUCAGGUUUUUAAAACCUUUACUUUUUGCUGGAAUGUUCCUUAAGGACGAAUUGCUAAGAUAACAAAAGUCAACUACAGAUAUAAAGCAGAAAGAAUCUGAAGGAAAUCAGUUGCAUUGUAUUUUCAACAUGCUACAAGCAUGCAUAAAAAACACUCAGGCUUCUCAAAAGCACACUGCGUUCAGUGCAAAGAUUUUGACAGCAUUCCAAAUGUGUAGUAGUGUAUUGAAUGCGUGAUUUGUUACCACAGUAGCGGAACAAUCUUGCACUAAAUAUCCUUAGGUGCCAUACAUGUAAGAGCCUUAAGUAACAAAUUUCUGUUGCAGUUAUUUUAAUAUCCCGUUAUAUAUUCAUGUAUGACUGAAAGAUGGUCAAGGAUAUCACUGAAGCAUUGUUAUAUUCAUGUCUUCUGUUAUGUUGAAAAAUGAUAAGACUUCACAGAAUACUCCACUAGAAGAAACAGUUUGUAUUCAUCGUCUGUUUAUUCUUUUUUCAUGGUACAGCCUUCACGUUUCUGCCACAAAUCCUACAAAACAUUAUUUCAAUGCUAUUUGCUGGAUAAGUGAGUUAUCUGAAUAAGUAACCCACAACUUAUGCAGAAACUGCUAUAUAUGAACAGCAGAUUUAUUUUAAAAGAUGCAAAAUAAGAAACUGUAUUUAAUUUGUGCUGUAGAUAUAUUUGAUGUUUUUUCUUCUGAAUGGGCCUUUUUUAAAUCCCUUAGCCAACAAGCAUGCAGAGUGCCUUUAAAGGCAGAAAUUUAAAAAGGGCGGAAAAGCACAGCCACACCACCUCAUAGUACAUUGUAAAUACAAUUAGAGAAAAACAUGGUAGUGCUUGUGAUCAUGUUACACUUGGUUGGGUGACUAGGUUAAUCGAUGUACAGAAAAUACAGUAGAGAGUAGGAUGCCUGCUCUUCUCGUUUAAAAAGGUUCACUUGGCAGAGCAGUGCUAAGCAGAUUAAUGGAACUGAGAAACGUUGUCACAAUUGUUUAUUGUGUAAAAGAAAUGUCUUAAAUAAACUGGGACAAAGAGAAAAAGAGAAAAAAAAUUAAAAAUCAACAUUGUAUCACACAAAUGGUCUUUUUAUUUUUUCUAUUUACACUUUGAGUUUUGUCACGCUGUUGAAUGUGUUUUACCAUGAUAGUUCAUGGCUGGAAGUAGAAAUCUUAACCUAGGCAUUGUAUCUUAUCUGUAGUUUUAUAUGUCAGUUUCUAAAUGGGAACCACUCUCAGUCCUCUAUCUUGUACAAAUAGGCUUACCAUUAAUUUUUCCACUACUUCCUGACACCUUCUAUUCACUUAAUUUAUUAAAGUAACAUCUGAGUUCAGAAGUUCAGUUGAGUGGAGAAAUCCAACCUGUGCUACCUUUCUGUGGUAUUGCAUGCUGAUCCUGGUUAUUAAUUUUGAUUUAUUCUGACUCUUUACCUAAAAUAGAAGACCAGCUGUAUCUGAAAUUUUUGCUUACAUUGCUCAUUACCUAUAUGCAUGGAACAAAAUAUUUAGAUGGGCAUUAGUGCUUUACUUUUUUCCUCUCAAAAUAUGACAAAGGUGCACACUAACCACUGGAUGGGUGCUCUACUUAAAGCAAAAAGUUUAAAAUAUAUAUAUAAUUCUUAAGUAAUCACUAUUGAAUGAAUAUUCUUUGUUACACAUUUGUAAGAAAACAAGUCAGUAUUAUACUGUUCUACUACUUUGUUGAUAUCUGUGUGGCUCUGCCCAUGGUCAAAGUACAAAUGAUAUGUUGAGUGGAUUUGUGAGCAUUUUGUUCUAAGGUGUGGUAGUGUAGCAAUAAAAAAAAACAAAAAGCAUUUAAAAAAAAAAAGCUUACAACAAGACGCAGAAAAUGUUUGGAUGACAAAUUUGUAAAUGAAUUACGUUUUCUUUUUAAAAAUCCAUGUAUUUACAGAUGCUUCAU